CGAUCCUCCUUGCAAGUCAUGGGCAGAUUCAAGGGUCGAAGCACAGUAGCAUGUACAGUUUGUCACUCUCAGAAGCUGAAGUGCGACGGCGCUCAUCCAUGUGGACGCUGCGCUCGUCGCCAACGAGACUGCGUAUACCCUGUGAAGACUACAUACGUGACCGUACCAGAAGCCUACCUUCGGGGCCUUGAGAGAGCAGCUGUAGGCUCUCGACCAUCGUCAUCCUUCACUCCCAGCUUCGCAGAUGAUGUACCAGAAUAUUCUAGACAGUCCCAGAGCCCUUCGGAUCCGGGUACCUCGACUAGAAGCAGAGUCGCAGCUCGGGCUCUCAUAUCAGAUGACUGCAGUGCAGAACGUUUCGUCUACGACCUCCGGCAGAUGGCAUUGCCUGAGAGUCCCGAUGGCCUUCAGCAACAAGCUACAACUUUCAUGUAUGGAUCGCAGCCUUCGGGUGAGAUUGCGACAGAACAGGCUGAAACCCCAACACCUCCCGGAUCAGACAUGUUUGAAUAA